AUGCCACGUCGAAAGCCAAUCACCAAGCUCGGUGUCUUCGGGAAGUACGAUCUGAACCCGGAGCAGGCGGUGGAAAACUAUUUCGAGUCCAAAUUCAAUAAUAAAUUCUACACCAAUGUGCCCGGCUGGGAUGUCGCCCGGAAUGGGUUCGAGCUCAAGGGUAUCCAUACCGAUCGGGAGUACAUGGAUAUUACCAGGGAGCAGAACCGGAUGCGGGAACGCUCGCAGCGCCAAGCAACCGCCAACUGGAAGCGGCUCCAGCAGACGACCAACCUGCUGCAGCAGAUGCGAACCGAGUUCGUCGAGCUGAACGACUUCCUCAAGGACUGCGAGAUGAAGGAAAAUAACGCCCUGGAUACGGUCAAGCGGGAGAAGGAAAAACACGAGCAGUACGGAGUCAAGAUUGCCCAACUGGAGGAAGACAUCGAGACGCUGGACAACUUUGUGAUCCAAUACGAGGCAACGAUCGCUGCCUUUGAACCGUUUGAGAAAGUAAUGGAACAAACGAUUGCCGAAUCGAAAUCAUAUGACACCAUGGAGGACCUCAUCCAGCGUUGUGACUCCUUGCUGCUGGCGCAAGUCGAAAUUUCCGCCGUAGAACAGCAAAAGAUACUCGAGAUUGAGGAGAUUCGACAGAACCUCUUCAAGGCUACCAAAACGGCGCUCCAUAUCAUUACCGGACUGAACAACGAUCUCUCGGAACUGCUGACGCAAUACGUGGCGGCAAAGGAGGAGGGAUUACGCUGGGAAAAAUCUGUCACCGUCGUCAAGAGUUACAUGGUGGAGAGUGAAGCCAGCGUCAACUGUCUGCUUGAUGCGAUCAACCACGUGUACAUCUUGCUGCGCAAACGGCGGGGCGCCACACCGAAGGCACCGCGUGGUGACGUUGAAACGCAGCUCGAUAACAUCAAGGAAGAGAUCGAGAUCCUGCACGAGGUGCGCAAGUUGGCCGCGGCCAAGAUGGCCAACGAUGGUCACAGCCUGUGCGCGGAGAAGGGCACGGAGCGACGCAAAGCCGCACUGUAG